AUGCAGUCCAUGGUCCCCUUGCUCUUCACUGGUGCCAAGGCUGGUCCUGGUGAUCUUGUGGCUCUCAAGGAGCUGUGUGCCGCCAUGGACAAGGCCAAGGCCCAUGCCUUCGCCAUUUGCUACCUGCACCAAACCUGCCCUGGCAUUCAUGCUGGCGCUGCUCAUGGAGGAUGGCAAACUGAGCAGCUUUCCAUCCUGGGCAGUCCAGUGCUCAUCAACCCUGUCAACAUGACCAAGGCCACAUUUUUGUGCAUGCUCCUGGUCUCCUGGAUCACAUGA